AUGAGCAAGAAGCCUGUCGAAAUGCCAGCGGCCCGCUUUGUAAGGCAGUUCCAGGCUGAAGAUUUAGACGAAAACUCAGAUUACGCCCUUUUAAAGCACACGCAAGCACAUCUGCAAAACCAGGUUUUGCAGAAAAAAUACCUGACAAAACAGCUGCAGCUGCUGUACGCACAGCUGGACAAGACCCGCAACUACCAGGAGUUCGUCGACACGCUCAUGGGCAGCCGACAGCUGCUGAGCGAGAUCUUCGCACUGGAGAAGCACUCGGUACGACAGACUGGUGGCAGGGUAAGAAAACGCAAUGGUUCUAGCAGGAAGGACCUGGCACCGAUCCCCAGCGUGCCCUGGCACCAGUACGGGGUAGACGUUGAGCAGUAUCUACUGGCGAGCGACGAGGGUCGCGACUUGGUCCACCAGAGCGGAUGGGUCUUUCACGAUAUGUAA